UAGAUUUUUAUAGACUGAAAAAAAAAUAUAAAAAACGAUAAUUUAACAGAAUAGAUAACAAAAAGAUUAGACCAAUUGCCAUGUGGCAACAAUAAGCUGACUCGGGAUACCGCCACGUCGCUUACUGAAAAAAAAAAAAAUAAAAAUACCACGUAAUCACGUCAGUUGGUCGUCAAACGCCGGCUCCUGAAAUAAGAAAAAUAAAUAAAAGUGUAUCAAAUAUUUAUUUAAUAAAGUGGUAAAAUUGAAAUUAAUUAAAAUGGCAAAAUUAUGGAGCUCGAUGAUCAUCGUGUUCUUGGCAAUAAUCAGCAUUAAUUAUAUAUCAGCUGCUGAAAAUAACCAAAAAAAUGAUGUUGUAUUUGAUAAAGUUGAUCGUACAAUUGAUUUAUCAAGCCAAAUUGCAAAAACAACAAUUAAACUUCAAAUAACAAAUCCAGGCAAGUCAUCAAUCAAUGAUUUUAUCUUUACUAUUGAUAAAUUAAAACAAAAAAAUCUCAGUUUUAUCAAGGCAUCUUUAUCUGGAACAAAAAAAACCAAGCUUGAUGUUGUUGAAGUUGAAAACAACAAUGAAAAAUCAUACAAAAUAAUAUUUAAAAAACCACUUGAAGCUGGUGGUAUGACUAAAAUUGAAAUUGAAACAUCAUCAACUCAUGAAAUGGUACCAUUUCCAAAAGAAAUAACACAACGUGAAAAACAAUUGGUUAAAUUUACAGAUAAUGUUUAUCUUUAUACUCCAUAUGUUGUAAAAAAACAAACAACAAAAGUGUUAUUGGCAACAAAAAAUAUAAGAUCAUACAGUAAAAUAAAAUCACACAGUUUAAAAGAAUCAACAGUUACUUAUGACAUUGUUGAUGCAACUAAUGGUUUUAGCAAGGAAGAAUUUACUGUACAUUUUGAAAAUAAUAAUAAAUUUUUGACUGUAACACGUUUAGAAAGACUUAUUGAAGUAUCACAUUGGGGUAAUAUUGCUGUUGAAGAAACAAUUGAACUUCUUCAUACUGGUGCAUUAUUGAAAGGUUCAUUUUCAAGAUAUGAAUACUCAAUGCAACAUGGUUCUGGUCAAUCAAGUGUACAAAAUUUUGAUACAAUUUUACCAGCAGCAGCAUCAGAUGUCUAUUAUCGUGAUGAUAUUGGUAAUAUAUCAACAUCAAAUACAAGAGUAAAAAGAAAUUCAGUUGAUGUUAAUCUUCGUCCAAGAUUUCCAUUAUUUGGUGGAUGGAAAACAAAGUAUACACUUGGUUAUAAUGUACCAAGUUAUGAGUAUCUUUAUCAUGAAAAUGAUGAAUAUGUUUUAAAUAUGAGACUUGUUGAUCAUGUUUUUGAUAAUAUGGUUAUUGAUGAGCUUGUUGUUAAAAUUAUUCUACCAGAAGGAUCUAAAAACUUUAAAUUAUCAACACCUUAUGAUGUCGUACAACUACCAGAUACACUUCAUUAUUCUUAUCUUGAUACUGCUGGACGUCCUGUUAUAUCAAUGACAAAAACAAAUCUUGUUGAAAGUCAUAUUCAAAAUUUUAAAUUGAAAUAUAAUUUUCCAAAGAUGAUGAUGUUCCAGGAACCACUUCUUGUUGUUGCUGCAUUUUAUCUCAUGUUUUUGUUGGUUGUUGUCUAUGUAAGACUUGAUUUUUCAAUUGACAAAAAAGAAGAUAAACAUGUUGAAGAAAAAAAAACAGUUGGUAAAAAAAAUGAAUAGAUAAUAUAAAUAUUUU